AUGCAAAAAGAUAAAUUUUUAGAGAUAUUUAAUAAUUGUGUAUUAUCUAAAUUAAUAUUCAAACAUGUUAAGAGUAUCAACCUUAUUAUUUGUAAGGAUAGCAGUAGAUUUAGUUGGUCAGAACUAGUUAGCUAUCCAUUUGCAAUGGCUGGUAACUUCUAUUUAAAUGAACUUAAACAGUAUUAUUCCGAUCAUUCAAUCUAUCCUUAUUUAAACCAAACUUUCAAAGCGGCAAUCAAAAGUAGAAAUCUAGAGAUUUUGAAAUAUUUGGUGGAGAUGGUCAAGCCGAUUUCAAAGACGAAAUACACUCAAUCAGUGGAAUUCAAUAUUUUUCUAUGUUAUGCUGCAGAGUUUGGUAAUUUGGAAAUCGUUAAAUACAUAUCUACAGAGUUUGAAAAGAAGCAGUUGAAUUACCGUUAUGCAUUAAACAAAGCACCUUUGUCUGGAGAUUUGGAGAUCGUAAAGUAUUUGAAUGAAAAGCUGGAGAGUUGCGAUCAAUUAAAGAUGUGUACAGAGCCUAAUAAAGAUACAGAUGACGUGUCUUUUGAUAAUGCUGCCAAGAUGGGGCGGAUCGACAUGAUUGAAUGGUUGGCAGAGAAUAGAUCGAGAGAUAGAGAGGGUAAUAAUAUGCAUUACACUGCUAUCUUAGGUGGACAUCUCCAUGUUGUUCAAUAUCUUCUCGAUAUCGAUGAACCGAUAUCUACAACUACACAAACGAUGUAUGGUACAUUGCUUGACUAUUCAAUCUAUUGCAAUCAAUUGGAAAUCACAAAACUGCUACACCAACGUAAUCUCAGAGAAUCACAGAGCACCGCAAUUGAUUAUGCUGCAUCACAUGGAAAUAUACCAAUGUUGAAAUGGUUGAAUGAAAAUACAACUGUCAGUGCCAGUGUGAAAGCAAUGGACAAUGCAGCAAACAACAACCAUUUAGAAGUUCUUAAAUGGUUACAUCAACACCGAACGGAAGGUUACCAUGAUAGUAUUGUUCAGACUGCUUGCUAUAAAGGUUAUAAGGAAAUAGUGCAAUGGAUAUAUGAGAAUCUUCCUUCGAAAGUACAUUCCCUCAGAGAGAUCAAUGAAGCAGUCUGUAGUGGGAACUUGGAGCUUGUAAAAUGGCUAAUUGCAAAUCAAACUGAACGACCAGAUACAUGGGCAAUUGACUCUGCGGCCAGCAAAAACCACAUGCAUAUAAUCAGGUGGUUACAUGAGAAUAUUUCGAUUUCAAUCUCGGCGGAAGUUAUGGAUUCAGCAGCAAAACAUGGCAACUUGGCUAUGCUAAUAUGGCUCAACGAGAAUAGCAGUGAAGGAUGUACCGAACAAGCUAUUAUCGAUGCGAUAGGUUAUAAUCAAUUCGAGACGAUGAAAUGGUUGAAAGAGAACAGAACUGAGAUUUCCAGUUUGAAACAGUUAUACUUGGAUGACAUGUACCCACCAAAUACAGAGUUUAUCAAUUGGAUAUUGGAUAAUUUCGAGAUCAAUUUGACGGAAAUGCUCAACAAUUUAGUUUUAAACGAUAGAGCAGAAAUGGUUGACAUUAUUUUCACCAAAUAUCCUAAUAUCCAUUUUGACGAGGAAACUAUCACCUACGCAUUCAAAAAUGGUUUAAUAAGAAUGAUCAAAUGGUUCCAUGAAAAUAAUAUUCAAGAUGUGUUCAAUGACAAAGCAAUGAUUAGUUCAAUUGAUGGAAUGCAGUUUUUACUUGUGAAAUGGCUCAAUGAAAACAGAAGUGAUUGUCGAUGUACUCUAGAAGCACUUAGGUUAUCUAUUGCAACUGGUCAUAUGGAGAUGAUUGAAUAUCUAGUGAAUAAACAUCCAGAGUUAGUCAAUCAACUUACGAAUCAAGAGCAAUUUCUUAAAUUUUAUUAUAUGAAUAACGAUGAUGAACUCGUUAAAUUCCUUUGGGACAAUAUCAACAUCCCAUUGGAAAACAAAAAGAUAUUCAUUAAAAUGUGUGAAGAAUUAAUUUUACCAAAUAAACUUAAAAGCAAAUGGAGUGGUGUGACUAAUGGUUAUGAGACUACUACUACUACCUAA